UCAGCAUGCUGCGUUUCCUGGUGCCCCGGCUGCCUUGCCUCCGUUCCUGGACCUCCUCAUACUCAGCAGCAGCAGCACUUCCAAACCCCAUCCCCAACCCAGACAUCCGCUACAACCAAUUGUUCAUCAAUAAUGAAUGGCAAGAUGCAGCCAGCAAGAAGACCUUCCCAACAGUCAACCCCACCACUGGAGAAGUCAUUGGGCACGUGGCUGAAGGGGACCGGGCUGAUGUGGACCGGGCUGUGAAAGCAGCCCGGGAGGCCUUCCGCCUAGGGUCUCCAUGGCGCCGGAUGGAUGCCUCUGAAAGGGGUCGCCUGUUGAACCGCCUGGCUGACCUCGUGGAAAGGGAUCGUGUCUACUUGGCCUCGCUGGAGACCCUGGACAAUGGGAAACCUUUCCAAGAGUCUUACGUCUUAGACCUUGAUGAAGUCAUCAAGGUGUACCGGUACUUUGCCGGUUGGGCUGACAAAUGGCAUGGCAAGACCAUCCCCAUGGAUGGUGAACAUUUCUGCUUCACUCGGCAUGAGCCUGUCGGUGUCUGUGGCCAGAUUAUCCCGUGGAACUUCCCCUUGGUCAUGCAAGGCUGGAAGCUGGCCCCAGCACUCGCCACCGGCAACACUGUAGUCAUGAAGGUGGCAGAGCAGACCCCCCUCUCUGCCCUGUACUUGGCCUCCCUCAUCAAGGAGGCGGGUUUUCCCCCAGGGGUGGUGAACAUCAUCACAGGCUAUGGCCCAACUGCAGGAGCCGCCAUUGCCCAGCACAUGGAUGUUGACAAAGUCGCCUUCACUGGCUCCACAGAGGUGGGUCACCUGAUCCAAAAAGCUGCUGGCGAUUCCAACCUCAAGCGGGUCACCCUUGAGCUGGGCGGGAAGAGCCCCAGCAUUGUGCUGGCCGAUGCUGACAUGGACCACGCGGUGGAGCAGUGCCAUGAAGCCCUCUUCUUCAACAUGGGCCAGUGCUGCUGUGCUGGUUCCAGGACUUUUGUUGAAGAAUCCAUCUAUGAUGAGUUUCUUGAGAGAACUGUGGAGAAAGCCAAGCAGAGGAAGGUUGGGAACCCCUUCAAGCUGGAUACACAGCAGGGUCCCCAAGUCGACAAGGAACAAUUUGAAAAAAUCCUGGGCUACAUCCAACUUGGCCAGAAGGAAGGUGCAAAGCUUCUCUGUGGCGGGGAGCGUUUUGGGGACCGUGGUUACUUCAUCAAGCCCACGGUCUUUGGAGGUGUUCAGGAUGACAUGAGGAUCGCCAGGGAGGAGAUCUUUGGGCCUGUGCAGCCCCUGUUCAAGUUCAAGAAGAUUGAGGAGGUGAUUAAGAGGGCCAAUGACACCAGGUAUGGCCUGGCUGCUGCUGUGUUUACCAGGGACCUGGACAAAGCCAUGUACUUCACUCAGGCACUCCAAGCUGGGACGGUAUGGGUGAACACCUACAACAUUGUCACCUGCCACACACCAUUUGGGGGUUUCAAAGAAUCUGGCAAUGGAAGAGAGCUGGGGGAGGAUGGGCUUAAGGCUUACACCGAGGUGAAGACAGUCACUAUCAAGGUGCCGCAGAAGAACUCCUAA